CGCCCGCGGCCUGUAGGAGGUCCAGAAUAACGGAGCCAAAGAUCAUCAUCAUCCUCAUCCCGGAGGAGAGGCCCAGUGAGUGCAUGUCCGACACGCCUCAUCCGGAACACAAAGAUGAGUUUUACGAGUCUGAUCUCAGGCGUGUGUCUUUGAUUCGGGAUUUGAGAUCGCAGAUCCAGAGGUUCGGCCGCGUGACUCCAACAACAUGCGCGUGUGUAACUGAAGCGCAUGCAUCCGACCACCAGGACACGGACUCUCGGAACCGAGUCACGCCGUGGAGCAGACGAUCUCAAGCUCUCGGGUUCACUGAUCACCACCGUCCGCUACAUGUGACCGAACCGACCGUCCGUCCGAACCUUCUGCAGCUUCGCCAGCAGGCUGCGCGUUAGAAAACGGCAGGACAGUACAGUAUGGCUCCCCAUCUGGACGUGGCCCGCAAAUUGGUUUGGAUCUUAAUCAAGUCGCUGCUCCGUUUUUCCUUCAUGUUUGUCAAUAACUGUGUCGCUAUCCCGUCCUACUGCCUCUACCUGAUAGUCCUGCAGCCUUUAAGAGUUCUAGAUGCCCAAACGUUCUGGUACAUCGAAGGGGUCAUGUUCAGGUGGUUACUGGCGAUGGUGGCGUCCUGGGGCUGGUGUGCAGGUUACACAGUGACAGAAUGGGGUGAUGAUGUGAGUCCAAUGACUGAAGAUGAAGCCAUGGUCAUAGUCAACCAUCAAGCCACUGGAGAUGUGUGCACCCUAAUGAUGUGCUUGCAGGACAAGGGCACAGUUGUACGGAAAAUGAUGUGGUUGAUGGACCAUGUUUUUAAAUACACCAAUUUUGGGGUUGUGUCCCUGAUUCACGGCGAUUUCUUCAUCAGACAGGGAAAAACACAUCGAGAAAAGCAGCUUGUUUACCUGAAGGAUCAUCUAGACAAGUUUUACUACAGUCGAGACAGGAAGUGGAUUGUGCUGUUUCCUGAGGGCGGCUUCCUAAGAAAGAGACGAGAGACAAGUCAGUCCUUUGCCAAAAAGAAUGACUUGCCUCACUUGACUCACGUAACACUGCCACGGCUGGGUGCCACUCAGAUCAUCCUGAAGAACUUAGGACCCCAGCAGGAAAAUGGCAUCCUGGGAACAGAUGGAAGUCCGCCAGGUCAAAGUAACAAACCUAAAGGCCUACAGUGGGUAAUAGACAUGACCAUCGCCUAUCCUAAUGCAAGACCCAUGGACAUUCAGACAUGGAUUUUUGGCUAUAGAGAUCCAACAGUCACACAUGUACACUACAGGACAUACCCUAUAAAGGACGUCCCAGUAGAGUCAGAAGCACUGACGGAUUGGCUAUAUCAGCGAUUUGUGGAAAAGGAGAAACUUCUGGCUCACUUCUAUGAGACAGGAGCUUUCCCUCCACUAGACGGCCAAAAAGAGAUGGUCUCCCGAGAAAUGACCCUGGACAACGCUUGGCUGUUUUUGGUCCAGACGUUCGCCUUCGCCUCAGGCUACAUGUGGUACAGCAUUCUCCAUCACAUCUACUGCUGGCUCUUCUGACCGCUCUGAGGAUCCUGUAACGCAGGGAUGGAGGAGGGGAACCGCCAGAGACCAAGAGCCCAACCCCCCCGAUGAUCGUCCUUUUCCUCUGCCCCGGAUGGUUGAAUGUACCCCGCAGGACGACCACUUUCAAGUUGCUGUAUCCGAUUGCGGUCCCCCAUCCUUACUUCGGACAGACACCUCCACCCAGAUCCCAGCUGCCCAUGCAGUCGUGCGUUGAUCAUCCUUUUAGAUUUUUUUUUAUUUUUUUGGCAUAGAACCAGUUCAACAUGUUUACACAUGCGCGCGCUCACAUGCAGAGAGAAAAUUUAUGCACAUCUAAAUGUUUACUCAUGCACAUGUGGACACACCUUUUGGUUUUUAUUUUUGACUUACAAUCAAAAUUAGGCUCAGGAAUAAGCCAGAGAUAGAUCUGUCACGUCCUAUUCUUUCUCAUGUUCUGAGCUUCGUCUUUACUUUCGUCCCCAACCGUUUUUAUCGUCAAACUCCCAAACAGGAUGACUGAAGAUUUGUUUUCAGAGACUGCUGUCCUCUUUGGAAGAGCCUCCUCUGGCCUUCAUUGCACUAUGAAUCCUCGUCGCCCGCCCCAAAAUGGAAGACCCCGGGUUCGUCCUGCCCUCAUUGUUCACCUCGUGGCCGUUUAGUCUCGUGUUGACCGGAUGUGUUUUUGUCAGUAUUGAGAGAGAGCGAUCGUGAUGUUUACACACUGACUGAAAGAGGGAUCGGGUUUGGAAAGGAAAAAACAAACUGGUUCUUGUUUUAAAAUCGACAAAACAAGGAGACUUUACACAAUCGACGCCAUACAGACACAUCCACAAGACUGCCACACGAUAGGACAAAUAACCCCCUCACCUCCAAAGUUUUACAAAUAUUAAGCCAUAUGCUUAUCUUCGGGUCGAAAAAGGGGGCGGACAUUCUACUGACUGAACUUUUUCGUGUUUUGUUCAUUGUCCUAAAGGAAAAAAAAAAGAUUUUAAUUUGUUUAAAUUUAUUUUCGAGUCUCAUUUCUGUACAUGUGACAGCGUAACCUGCCUGUGCGAUUGUGUGCGACUGCCCGUUUGUUUGUUUUUUCGAUUUUUAUUUUGUUUUUUUUAAAUGCACAUAAUGUCUGGUAGCUUCAUGUUAUAUCAGAGUGUUGGCAAAUAUCUGUUUAAAUAGUUUUAUUUGUAUUUUUAUUUUUCUUCCUCAUCCUUGUACAGAAGGGAGCGCGAGCUGGAACGGCCGAAUUACGUUUUUUUGUUGUUGUUUUUACUUCUGAAAUAUCAUGAAUGUUUAGGAAGGAUGAAGGAGAGGGGAAAAACAAUUCUGUCCUGGCAGGUGCUUUUGUUGCUCUCAGUAUCCGAGCGUCGCCUCGUUUGCCGUUUUUUCCCGGCGGCGAUCGUGUCAUGUUCAUCAAAAUAGUCUCAACUGCUGCCACGCGCAAGGGAUCAGAGAUUAGAUCGAGUUUUGUGCUGAGGCGCGGAAAUAUUUUAGACUAGCUUUAGACUAUCUUGAGGAAAGUACCGACGUUUUCCUCGAGCUUGAGACGAAACAUUUUUCAUGUGUGAAAUGAGACAUGUGUGUGUGUGUUGAUUGAGUCCGUCUACAUGUGCUCCUCAUGUCGAAAGGGAAAAAAUGGGUGAAGUCCAGCAAUAAUGUACUCAAAAAUAAAUGCCCAUGUUGUGGCGCUCUAAAGAAGCAGUGCUUAGAUGUACAAAUUAGACAUUUGUAGAUGAAAACAUUGCACCGUACUUGUCACCCCCCCCCCCCUUUUAUCCGAAGCCAUGUCAUUUGUGAAAGUGGACUUUGUUUCUAUAGCUUGCCAGAUUGAAAUGUGAAUGACGCCAGAAGACUAAAGCCAAGUUAGAUGCGGACUGCAUUCAGAGCAGGCUACGUCACCGCGAGGAUCUCCUCGUCUCGUUCUCGCAGUGUCUGUCAGAUGGAGACGUAACAUUUUGUUUUCCUAAGUAUGGUUUUUAUGUUUAAAAAAACGACAACAACGAAGUGUGAGAUAUAUCUAUAUAUUAGCAAUUUAACCAAAUUACAAUAGAAUGGUCCAUGAUUUUCAUUUUGUACUCCUGUUUCUCUUCCUAGCUACCCAGCCAUUUUACAACACACAGAUUAAUUGUGCUGGAAUAAAAAUCAUGCGCAGCAGUGAA